ACACUCACACACAGUUUAAAUCAUAUUUCUGUAUUUCUCUGGCCUCUGAAUCCCUUCUGAUCCGUCUGACCGUGAUGAUGAUGAUGAUGAUGAUGGACUCCUGGAUGGACCUCAAUCUGUUUGAUUUGAAAUGACGACAGAACCAGAGAGCCAAUCAGAGCAGCAGGGGGCCAGUGCGGCUCCGCCCCAUUCAGCCCCGCCCCUCGAUAACCAGCUCCCUCCAGCCGCCGCCCACAGCACACCUGUGAGGAAAGAGCAGGGCGCUGGAGCUGAGGACGACGGCACGUCACACUGGUCCUCCUCCAGUAAACUGACCCGAUCUCCAGUCAAGAUCAGCCGGAAACCCAGGAACAUGCAGGUGAAGGUGGCUCUUCUGGACGGCUCUGACUACACCUGUGUGGUGGAGAAGCGUGAUAAAGGUCAGGUUCUGUUCGACAAAGUCUGCGAGCAUCUCAAUCUUCUGGAGAAAGAUUACUUUGGUGUCACAUUCCGUGAUGUGGAGAAUCAGAAGAACUGGCUGGAUCCUGCCAAAGACAUGAAGAAGCAGAUCAGAGGCGUCGCCUGGAAUUUCUCCUUCAGCGUGAAGUUUUAUCCUCCUGAGCCGGCGCUGCUUUCUGAAGACAUCACCAGAUAUUACCUGUGUUUACAGCUGCGGGAUGAUAUCGUCUCGGGUCGUUUGCCGUGUUCGUUCGCCACACACACGGUUCUGGGAUCGUAUACGGUUCAGUCGGAGCUGGGCGAUUAUGACCCGGACGAGUACAGCUCCGACUACGUCAGCGAGUUUCGUUUCGCGCCUCAUCAGACCAAAGAGAUGGAGGAGAAAAUCAUGGACCUGCACAAGAACUACAAAGGAAUGACGCCGGCUGAAGCUGAAAUGCAUUUUCUGGAGAAUGUGAAGAAACUGUCUAUGUAUGGAGUCGACCUUCAUCAUGCAAAGGAUUCAGAGGGGGUGGAGAUCAUGUUGGGCGUGUGUUCCUCCGGGCUCCUCAUCUACCGCGACAGACUUCGCAUCAAUCGCUUCGCCUGGCCUAAAGUCCUCAAGAUCUCCUACAAACGCAAUAACUUCUACAUCAAGAUCCGUCCAGGCGAGUUUGAGCAGUUUGAGAGCACGAUAGGCUUUAAACUUCCCAACCACAGAGCAGCCAAGAGACUGUGGAAGGUUUGUGUGGAGCAUCACACGUUCUUCAGGUUGGUUUCUCCAGAGACUCCUCCUAAGAAGUUCCUCACACUGGGUUCUAAGUUCCGCUACAGCGGCAGAACUCAGGCUCAGACCAGACGAGCCAGUUCCCAGAUCGUCCGUCCAGCGCCGUACUUCGAGCGUUCGACCAGCAAGCGCUACACGAUGUCACGGAGUCUGGAUGGAGCUCAGCGGACACCAGUCAACACAGCCACAGUCAAUGUAAAUGGCACUAGACCAACAGAGAUGGGUACGGCCUUGUACGGUGCAGCCAAAGGCAUCGCCAUGAGUGACCUCAUCACCACAAUAACACCGGAGAAGAAAGUGGAGGAGACGCACGAGGAGGAGCGUGAGGAGGCUCGACCGGUGUUAGUGGAGAGUGCAGUGCUGCUGGAGGAAGAGGACGAGACAACGAAAGCCACGGAACCAUCGCUGCCAAGCCCACAGACACCGGCCCGACAGGACACACGGACUGAUCUCACAGACACUGCUGUCGAUGAAGAGUUAACGGCCACAGAGUCGGAUCAGGAGGACGAAUCUGAAGCAAAGACGCAGCACAGUUUCAUAAGGCGAAUUAAAGGACAGAAUGUGUUUGUGAGACACAGUAAACUGAUGUUAGAGGAAAUGGAGCGAACGCCAGACGAGCUGCUGAAGCAUCAGACCAACAUCAGCGAGCUGAGGCGGACGUUCCUGGAGGGAGGACAGGACCGGACGGCUCUGACCGAGUGGGAGAAGCGUCUGUCCUCGUCCCCGCUGCGAUCUCCACGUCUGGACGAAGCGCCCAUGAUCGAGCCGCUGGAGCCGGACGAGAUCAAACAGGAAGCAGCGGUGAAGAUACAGGAAAUGGCAGCAGCAGCUCUGGAGCCACAGGAAGAGAAGGUUGAUGUGGAGUCUGACGGGUGGGUCAUUAUAAACAAGGUUCCUCCGUUUGAACCAUAUAAACAUCCUCCAGUCGAAGCUGAAACAGUUUCUCGUAAGAUACCAGAGAAGGUUUCUACCACAGUACAAGAACACCGUCCUCCAGUUGAGCCAGACAAACCCUCGUCCGCCAAGCUUCUUCCAGAGAAAACUCCUUCUAAGGUUCCAGAAAAGGUUUCUACCAUAGUACAGGAGACAUUUUCUCCAGAAAAACCUUUGUUUGUAUCUGAAGAGGUUCCUCUUCCGAAGAUACCAGAAAAAUUUCCUCCAGAAAAACCCUCGUCUGGCGUAUCUGAAGAGCUUCCUCCAGAAAAUACUCCUUUUAAGAUUCCAGAAAAGUUUCCUCCAGAAAAACCCUCGCCCUCCGUAUCUGAAAAGUUUCCUUCAGAAAAACCCUCGCCCUCCGUAUCUGAAGAGCUUCCUCCAGAGAAAACUUUUUCUAAGAUUCCAGAAAAAUUCUCUCCAGAAAAAACCACAUCCGCCGUACCUGAAGAGCUUCCUCCAGAGAAAACGUUUUCUAAGAUUCCAGAAAAGCUUCCUCCAGAAAAACCCUCGCCCUCCGUAUCUGAAGAGGUUCCUCCAGAGAUAACUUUUUCUAAGAUUCCAGAAAUAUUUCCUCCAGAAAAACCCUCAUCCGAUGUACCUGAAGAGCAUACUCCAGAGAAAACUCCUUUUAAGAUUUCAGAAACAUUUCCUCAAGAAAAACCCUUGUCCACCGUAUCUGAAGAGCUUCCUCCAAGGAAAGCUCCUUCUAAGAUUCCAGUAAAGGUUUCUACGAUAGUACAAGGAACUUUCCCCCCAGAAAAACCUUCUUUGAUUGUAUCUGAAGAGGUUUCUUCAAAGAAGACUCCUCCAAAGGUCCCAGAAAAGGUUUCUACGGUGGUCCAAGGAAAGGUGGAACUCAUAAAGUUUCCUUCUGUUGGUUCUUCAGAGGAUGUUCCUCCUAAAGUACCACCAAAAGUCCCCCCGAAGGUACCAGAGAAGAAACACUUAGCAAGCUACAGAUUCAUAUCGGCCUCGUCCGGUAAACCUCCAGAAGAUAAACUCCCCGGAUCUCUAGAAGGUUUCUCUGUUGUCAGCAGAUCUUAUGAGUCCAGUAAGAUGCGUCUCCGCUCUCCUGUGGAUCUCUCCAGAACGUCUCAGACGGCUCGAGUGCCUAAGCCCAGUUUUGAUGAGAUGUCUCCUGAGCUCACUGCGCUCUUGCAGUCCACUCGCAGCUGGGCUCCGUCUGAGUCUGCCGCUUCAAUAGCGUUACACAAGCCAUCAGAGAGUCCAGAGAGUCAUCCGACUGAAGAAGAGGAUCAGCAGCCGCCGGCGGAGGGACUUCAGCCUCAGUCUGGCGUGGUGAGUUUCUCAAGGACUCUUUCAGGGGACACGGACACACAGGACACAUCUGUGAUCCACACUGAGAUGAAGACCAUCACAUACGAAUCCCUGCAGGGCGAAACGGAUGGAGAUGCUGAUCCUGGCAUUCUGCUGAGCGCUCAGACCAUCACAUCAGAAACCAGCAGCACCAGCACCACCACACACAUCACCAAGACGGUGAAGGGCGGCAUCUCAGAAACACGGAUUGAGAAGAGAAUCGUGAUCUCAGGAGAUGCAGACAUCGAUCAUGACGAGGCUCUGGCUCAGGCCAUUAAAGAGGCUAAAGAACAACAUCCCGACAUGUCAGUGACCAAAGUGGUGGUGCAUAAAGAGACGGAGAUCACGCCAGAGGAGUGAUGCAGGAUUAACAUCAUCUUCACGCUUUCUGGAGGAACUCAUGUGUUCAUGCUGUGGAAAAUGAAGGAUGCUUUAGAGAAAUCAACACGGGAACAGCAGCAUAAACUAAUAAAUCACAGUAAACAUUGUCUGAACACAACUGGAGUAACACACACACACACACGCGCUUACAGACGCCGCACUGGAUCACUGUUACUGCAUGACAAGGGAACAAUUCUGCUUUUUCUGAGGAGACUACAGUAUAAAGACAAUUUAGAAAAUGCUAUAUGAGCGCAGUGUAUAGUCAAACCACGAGCUUAUCAUAAAGGGACUGAAAAAUAUGUGUGAGAAGAAAUAAUGGUUACAGAUAUCUACAUUUAUUUAUUCUACUGAAUACUGCUCACUUUAAAAAAGGAAAAACUUUGCACAAUAUUAAACCGCGCAAAGAUGUGCCAUCCAAACUCCGUCGGUUCAUCUCUGAUCUGCUCACGUUAAAUAUUACAUGUUCAUUAUGAGAAUAUGACUGUGUCACACAUGUAUGUUAGAGACGUGUUAUGUUGUUUUACUUUAGGUAUACACCUGUUUGUUUCCUUUUGAAAACUGUCCCUUGUGAACGUUGAGCUUAGAGGAAUGAAACUCUCCAGAGCUGCCCUGAAAUAUCAAUCCCAGAGUUCUCCCUGCCCACAUCUGAGCCUUAAACUGUACAGAACCCCAUGAAUGUUUAUGUCCUUGUUUGGUUUCCAAUGCAAUGUCGCUGCCCUGCUGACUGUUUCCAACUCAAGCAACUCAAUAAAAUCUCAAUUCCAUUUCUGAUC